AAUUGAUCAAUGUAUUCAGCAAUAUCUUACACCUACUAUGUUAAAGAUGCAUCGCGAUGAAAUGAAUCAGUCAUUAUAUUAUGUGGCAAAUAAGAUUACUCAAGAGGAUGCUAAAAUCUUGAAUGAGGGUAAUUUACUUACAUUUGCAAGUGAUAUAUCAUCUGUUGAUAUGCCGCAAGUCACAUUAAAAUGGAUGAUUGAAUUUGUUGAUUCUUCUAACAUUAAAGAAAUCUGGGCUAUAACUAUUGGAAAUUCAUUACAAGCUAAACAUCAUGUUUUAUUGUUACAAAAUCGGGGAUAUUUAUGUACUUGUCUUUCUAUUAUUCGAUGUGGAAUAGUUUGCAGACACUAUUUUCAGGUAAUGUUAGCUACAAAAAAUGCUUACUUUCAUAUUAGAUUAAUUCCAACACGAUGGUAUUAUGAAAAUAAAAAUAGUUCUAAAGAAUCAUUUUUAUUAGCGGAUAAAUUUAUGGAAGAGGAUCAACCUGCAAUAUAUAAUUCGGAUAGUGUGGUAUCCUACUUGUGUUUAUUUAAUCAGAAUAGUAAAGAUUUUCAUGAAGAGAGUUUAACUAUUCUUGAACAGAAGGUUAUUUAUGGGAAAUUGCAUAGUACAUAUAAAAAGGCUCUUCAUAAAGCAUUACAAAACAGUUCAAAAUCACAACAGCUUAUUGGUUUACUUCAAGAAUUUGUUGAACAAGAUGAUGAUAAUGAACAAUCAGAUUCAGAUGAAAGUUUACAAGCAGAUAAUA